UCGCUCGCUUUGCCAGACGCCCGCAGGAACUGCGCGCCCAUCGGUUUGCAAGGAUGCCCGGAGGCAGCGGCUCCAACCCAAUGAUGCAGACCUACGCGGUCACCGUGCCGCCCGGCGUCGGGCCGGGCCAGCAGUUCCAGGCCUCGCUGGACGGGCAGCUGACCAUGGUGAUUGUGCCGCACGGCAGCGGGCCCAACAGCACGCUGCACGUGCAGAUUCCCGCGCGCCCGUCCAGCGUACAAAAGUACGCGGUGACGAUCCCGAGCGGCGUCUCGCCCAAUGGUCGCUUCCAGGCCAAUCUUGGCGGGCAGCUCGUGUGGCUCGUGUGCCCCGCAAACAUGGGUCCGGGCAAGCAAAUGCUAGUGGAUGCCAACACCGCGGCGAGCGGCAAGGGGCAGGCAAAGACGUGGCCGCCGCCGAUCGCCGUGCCUCAGGACAUGGACGGCGGCGACAAUGUGCCGGACUACUUCCUCUGCCCGAUCACGGGCUGCUUGAUGCGGCAGCCGGCCAUGACGCCCGACGGCGUCACCUACGACUACGACGCUAUCGUCGAGUGGCUCCAGACAAAGCAGACGGACCCCUCGACCAACCAGCCUCUCACUCCCGACUCGCUUUGCCCCAACCGCACCGUCCGGUCGAUGAUAGAGGACUUCAUCGCCAAGGGGCCCGACUUUCUGUUCGCAAAGUGAGCCUCGCGGCGCUCCUGGCAGUCGCCAUCUGUGAUUGAUUAGAUGUAGUGCAUGGGGCCGCUGCGGCCGCUGCGGGCGAGGCGGUCCGACGAGGCUGCGGGGCGGCGCGCGCCAGCGGGAGCGCGCGGCCGCGGACCCACUUGCCUUUGUGGGGUUGUGCUGUCUUGUUCCACACACGGCUUCUGGCUCGGGGUAGGCCCCGGGUUGUACUGAGGCGCGCGCACCAGGCGGGUCCGAGUACUGCGCGGAGAGAAGCCUGUGUGGCUGUGCGGUAAGAUCGUUGCGGUUCGGCGCCACAAUCGAAUGCACAAAGCUGCCAGACGAUGUACUAGAGGUGAGUUGUGACCGCGGCUGGAGUGCGAUGUAAUGUAAAACAGCAUAAAAGAGUGC